UUUAGUAGUGAUUUUUUGUUUCCCCUGAGCUCAUUCUUGUAAAGGAGAAGCGGGGAGGGUGGUAGGUCAUCAGGGGAUGGAUGAGGGUUUGUGGUAAUAAAAAUAAUAAUAUCAUCAUAGCCGUAGCGAGUGCCGUUGCAUUUGCUUUCCGCGGCGUCAGAGGAAUAAGCAUCAGAACAGGAUUCGCUGCUUCUUCUCCUCUCCACCAGCAUCUCAUUUUCACAAAUUAUUUUUCUUAUUCAUUUUUCCGAUCACGUUUCCCUUUCCCUUGCCCUUGUCGGGUUGUUGUUAGCGGUGGUGACUCGUCCUUAUCGACCAUGGAUUGGCCCGCCAGCAGAGUCAGAGAGACUUUCGUCAACUUCUUCGAGGGGAAGGGCCAUUUCAAUUGGAAAUCCAGUCCUGUCGUUCCGCUCAACGACCCAACCCUCCUGUUUGCGAAUGCAGGUAUGAAUCAAUUUAAGCCUAUCUUCCUAGGCACGGUAGAUCCCAACACUCCCCUGAGCAAACUCACCCGCGCUUGCAACACCCAAAAGUGCAUUCGUGCGGGUGGCAAACACAAUGAUCUCGACGAUGUUGGCAAGGAUACCUACCACCAUACUUUCUUUGAAAUGCUUGGCAAUUGGUCAUUCGGGGACUAUUUCAAAGGAGAAGCAAUUGAAUGGGCAUGGGAGCUUCUCAUCAAGGUAUAUGGGCUACCUGCAGACCGAAUAUAUGCAACUUAUUUUGGCGGUGAUGACAAGUCUGGUCUUCCUGCUGAUUUUGAAGCAAGAGAUAUCUGGCUCAAGUUUCUUCCAAAUGAACAAGUUUUGCCUUUUGGUUCUAAAGACAACUUUUGGGAGAUGGGUGACACAGGGCCGUGUGGGCCUUGCACAGAGAUACACUUUGAUAGGAUUGGAAAUCGUGAUGCUGCAUCACUUGUCAACCACGAUGAUCCUACUGUUAUUGAGAUAUGGAACCUUGUCUUUAUUCAGUUCAACCGGGAAAGUGAUGGCUCUUUGAAACCUUUACCUGCAAAACAUGUUGAUACCGGAAUGGGUUUUGAACGUUUAACAUCCAUUCUCCAGAACAAGAUGAGCAAUUAUGAUACUGAUGUGUUCUUACCAAUAUUUGAUGCAAUUCAACAGGCAACUGGUGCUCGAGCAUACUCUGGAAAAAUUGGAGCUGAUGAUGCUGACAACAUGGACAUGGCAUACAGGGUUGUGGCUGACCAUAUUAGAACUCUGUCAUUUGCAAUUGCUGAUGGUGCUUGUCCAGGUAAUGAGGGUCGCGAGUAUGUACUGAGACGCAUUCUUCGACGAGCAGUUCGUUAUGGUACUGAAGUCCUCAAAGCAAAACAAGGCUUUUUCAGUGGUUUGGUAAAGGUCGUUGUAGAAGUGAUGGGUGAUGUUUUUCCUGAGCUGCGGCAACACGAAGCGCACAUAAUCAAUACAAUUGCUGUUGAAGAAGCCAGUUUUGGCAGGACCCUUCUUCAUGGAAUUGAGAAGUUUAAAAAGGCUGCUCAAGAUGUUCAAGGAAACACGUUGAGUGGACAGGACGCAUUUGUGUUAUGGGACACCUAUGGGUUUCCUUUAGAUCUUACUCAGUUGAUGGCUGAAGAAAGAGGCUUGGUGGUUGAUGUCAAUGGUUUCAAUAUUGCCAUGAAUGAGGCAAGGGAAAGAUCAAGAAAUGCUCAGAAUAAGCAAGCUGGUAUUGGUAUUGUAAUGGAUGCUGAUGCUACCACAUCUUUGCGCAAGAAAGGGGUUGAUGCAACAAAUGACACAUUCAAGUAUGCAUGGUUUCAGGAUCAUGAAAGUGAGAUAAAAGCUAUUUAUGGAGGGAAUGAGUUUUUCCAAAGUGCUUCUGGUGAUUUUAAAGUUGGUAUCAUUCUUGAAUCCACAAGCUUUUAUGCAGAGCAAGGUGGUCAGAUAUAUGAUACUGGAUUUCUUGAAGGCCCUUCGGGAUUGUUCCAAGUUAGUGAUGUUCAAAUCUUUGGAGGAUUUGUUGUUCAUAUUGGUUCUUUCUGUGGAAAGACUGAUAAAUUCAGCAUUGGUGAUAGAGUGAUUUGUAAGGUUGACUAUGACAGGCGUGCCAAUAUUGCUCCCAACCACACCUGUACACACAUACUAAAUUUUGCUUUGAGGGAAGUACUUGGAAAUCAUGUUGACCAGAAAGGUUCUAUUGUUCUUCCUGAAAAACUGAGAUUUGACUUUUCCCAUGGUAAGCCUGUGAAGCCUGAGGAACUCAGAAAAAUUGAAACAAUUGUGAAUGAUCAAAUAAAAGCAGAAAUGGACGUAUUCUCAAAGGAGGCAAACUUAGCCGAUGCAAAGCGUGUCAAUGGUUUACGAGCUGUUUUUGGAGAAGUUUAUCCUGACCCAGUUCGAAUAGUUGCAAUUGGUCGAAGCGUGGAAGAUCUGCUGGCUGAUCCAGAGAGUGAAAAUUGGUUAUCAAUAUCUGCAGAGCUCUGUGGUGGGACCCAUAUUUCAAAUACGCGAGACGCCAAAGCUUUUGCUCUUUUGUCUGAAGAAGGAAUUGCCAAGGGAAUUCGUAGAAUUACUGCUGUCACAACGGUUAAUGCUUUGAAUGCUAUUGAAUUGGCUUCAUUAAUUGAGCAGGAAGUGAAUGAAACUUUUAAGACGGAAGGAAGCUUACUGGAACAGAGAGUCACUAAAUUGAAUGGUCAUGUGGAAGGUGCUGCUAUUCCAACAGUUAAGAAGACUGAUCUCAAGGCCAAAAUUUCUGUACUUCAGAAUCAAAUCAUUAAAGCCAAAAAGAAGAUUGCCGAAGAGAAUAUACAGAAUGCUGUUAAAGUUGCAUUAGAAGAGGCAGAAGUUUCAUCAUCUCAUGGAAAGACGUACUGCAUCACUCAUGUCAAUGUUGGUGCAGAUACUGCUGCAAUCCGUGAAGCAGUUCUUAAAGUGACAGAACAGAAGGGCAUGGCUAUUAUGGUCAUUAGCAAAGAUGGAACUGCAAACAAGGUUGUGGCGUGUGCUGGGGUUCCGGAGAAAAUUGAUCAGUUCAAGCAGCUGGAUGCUAAGGAGUGGCUGACUGCAGCUUUGGUGCCUUUGAAUGGAAAAGGAGGAGGAAAGGGUCGUCUUGCUCAAGGCCAGGGAUCUGAGGUAUCACAUGUGACGGAGGCGAUGGACAUUGCGGCUUCUUUUGCUGCACUGAAACUUAAAUAAUUGAAAGACCACUUGGUGCUGUAUAUACGGCACCAGAAACUCAGUUCAUGACCUAGAAAGGGAGAUUUUGUUUUGAAGUUGGCCACAUGUACCUGACUAUCGCUCUUCAUGCAUCCCACAAUGAUGCAGCAAUGGUGCGAGCCUGUGUACGGGAUUUCCCUGUGUAUUAUGUGACUUGGAAUUCCGAAGAAAGAUAUCGAUAUUGGCGAUCGUGAUAUAUCUCUACUAAGAUGAAUGUCAACCAUGAUGAGUAAAUGAAAUUGUUGUAUUGGCCCAUUUCUUUGGUGAGGUAAGUGCUACUGAUAUUUGAUUGAGAAGGAAACCCUGCUAAUAGACACUUGCACGCUUUAUUCUGCUAAUACAAAGACACCAUGAAAUUGCAUUAUACUUGUACUUCUGCUCCGAAGUCUUGAAGAUGUGUGCUAGUUGUACUUCCUGCUAAUAAAGUAGAUUGAACAAUGUUGUUCAACUUCUGAUUUGACUUUGAGAAUGUCACAACUGUUCUCUUCCACUCAGGCUUUUUCUUAGUUGUCGCUGCAGGGUCUUUUCAAGUUGAGCUGCAAUGGAUUCCAAAUUGUAAUUGAUGCUUCUAUUUUGUGGUUUCUUCCAGUAUAUUUCAACUAACUUUAUGGUUGACUGAAUUGUACUUCA